AUGUUGAGGAUUGUGAGGCCGCAGGCGCUCUUAUGCCUCCUUUUGAUUCUGCAACUGGCCGCAACCCAGGAGUUUCGUGAGCUGAGACGGCCUGAUAAUUCCAUCUCAUCGUCCACCGUUUUCCUCUGCCGCCCUGAGCCCGGUUCGCAGCACUCGUUUACUAGCGAGUCGAAUGGCGAUCACAAGCAGACGGAUGGCCCGCGAGGACUAACAAUCACGAAAGCUUCUGAAACCACUACAUCCGUAACGGCAGAAAUUCAAACUACCACUACCGUAACUACUUCAGACAGUCCUCUGAACACGUCAACCUCGUUCAAGGCGUCGAUCCCAGCAGGCGAUCUGCCGAUCCAGCCCAUUAUAACUCCAGGGUGGGGUGUUGCUGGAAACAUUUUGAUGCUCACCGGUCUUGUUUAUACCCUUGUAGGCAAUAAGAGUCGGUGGAUCAAUUGCUUCUUCUCGACCGCCUUCAUCGCGGCCCUCGGAAUCUCGGUACUUAUUAUCUACACCAUGAAUGUCCCAGUCAGCCUGGGUAUGCAGGGAGCAUACGUUGUUGUCGCCGUUUUGUCUGGCUGUGCUCUAGGCGCAGCAUCGCUGAUCUCUAAGGUGUCAACUGAAGGUUUGGGGUGUGCUCUGGGCGGCUUUAGUCUCAGCAUGUGGUUUCUUUGUUUGGCGUUGGGAGGCUUGCUACGUGAUACGAUCGGUAGAGCCAUCUUCAUUUUUUGCUUUCCCGUCCUUGGCUUUGCUUUUUAUAUCAGUCACUAUACUCGGUACUGGGCCACGAUUAUCCUGACGUCUUUUGGAGGCGCGACGGUAAUCGUGCUGGGCAUUGACUGCUAUAGCAGAGUCGGGCUGAAAGAAUUCUGGGCAUAUGUAUGGAAUCUCAGCGAUAACCUAUUCCCCCUUGGUACGGACACCUAUUUCAUCACAAGAGGCAUGGAAGUUGAGAUCGCAGCUAUCGUCAUAAUAUGCUUGAUUGGUAUCAUUUCAGAGAUCAAGCCCUGGAAGGUUGUUCGAAAGAAACGCGGAAAAAAGGCCGCGAAUCUCCUUGACAGUCUGAGAUACCUGGCAGAAAAAGAGGACGAUGCUGGCCGCAAUGUUGAAGCGCAGGCAGCAGGAGAACGAGAUGAACGGGGAAAAGCCUACGGAGGCAGAGCCCCGUUCGACAGCAAUGGUACCGUUGCCAAUCACUCAGAUGCCAUCGGCGGUGGCAGCAACAGCAAGAGCCUUUUCGGUGAACAAUCCGAAUCUGCUUUUACAGGUUCCAAGAUUGAUGGUAUACAGAUGAUAGACUUUUCAGACUCGAACCUGGUGCAGACAGGGAUGGCUGGGCUCAUACACGCUGAUAUGGCCAAGGAUGGCAAGGUCAUGGUUCGAGUAACCGCAUAUGGUGUAAACAAGACACCAAAAGACAGCGAGGGUGAGGCGACUGACGAAAAAGUUGGCGCCAUACCCAAUUUAAUGACAAUAUCUCUUGACGGCGACAGACCCACUUCACACAGAAUUGUGGUCAAAGGGAAACAAAUCUCCCAAGCAAGUUCGAAGCUCAGAUGGAGUUCUUCACAUAGGACCAUUACGGCUGCCGCUGAAGUUGUGUUGCCGCCAUUCAAGAUUCCAACAGAAGACGAUUUAAAAUCUGUUUGUGGCCUGUCGUCUGUUGCAACCUUUUUCCACGACGAAGCUAUUGCACCUGCGACUUUCCCACGUGACUUUCUUGCCAAGAGGGUCCCACAAAGCUCAGUCGCUCUUCUCAGAAGACUUUCUCCACAGAAGUUAAAACAUGUCUCUUCUGAGCAUCAGAUGAAGAGUGACGAAAACUCUGAAGGAUUAGCUGAGCUGGCGGCUAUUACCUACGAUGAUUACGGAUCAUCUCUAGCUGCCACUAUUGACUAUGACAGCACGAGCGAUGACGAGGCUCAUAAUUCAAUCGUCGGCGCUGAACAUCCAAACAGUAUCGAGAUUACUGCACAACUUAGCCAAGUUAAGAAAGCCCAAGGAUCAAAACAGCUGAAGUCAGACACCAUCUUUGAGAGCAACGUUGGCAAAUCAGAUGAUGCCACAUUUCAAGAUGUCAAACAAGCCAUGGCGGCCAAGUCCAACGCAGAACUAAGUCAAAUUAAGUCCCAGCCAAGCGACAUGCAUGAUACUCAGGAAGCGCAUAAAGGAAACUCAGAGACCAAACUUGGAGAUACAGCUCAGGAUGAAGAAACGCCGAUGCCUCUGGAUCAGGAAUCUACAACAGCAAGCAAUGAAGUUGAGAGUAAACCGCUCGAGCCCGGCGAAACAGCUAGGUCUUGUAGUUCGGCGACUUUAAACCUUGUGGGUUUGACCAAAGACCGAUUGCCCGAAUCAUUGUCCAAACUUGCCCUUUCGUAUAGGAGAGACGAGUGGACCGAACAUCUCAGCCAUGCGGAUACCCCUGAGCCUGAAGCCAUCUCUAUCGAGCCAUAUGCAUCCGAACAAGAUGUCGAGGACCCCUUAUAUAUCGACGUCGAGGACCUUCUGAAAGCUGCCGCCGGUGAUAUCAUCCGUCCUUCUGCCGUUAAGCGAUCGGAAGUUAGAAUGAAUCAGGUUUCUUUUGUCCAACCGAAUUCUAAAGGCAUUAAGAAGAAGCACAAUCUUUUCAACGUCACUAUUUCAGCUGCAGUGUCGCCAACUGUCAUGAGCUCCAGUAGAAGCCCAGUAUCACUUCCCAUUGCCACGGCUAUCCAACCAGCUUCAGUAUUUAUGGAUAGGAUCUCCUCUAAGCUUGCUCCAAUUGUUGAAGAGCAGGAUGGCGUGCGGUUAGCCGGCAUACCAGCUCCCGAAGAGGUCAUGGAGCGGGACCGUGUCCAAAUGAACUCGGCCCGAUUUCGGCCGAUAAUGCCUCGAAUUGUUUCCUUUGAAAACCCUCAUACGCUGCUUGGCCAACGAGGAUCUGUCCUUUGGAGUAGGCCACAAGGGAAUCUUAUAUCGCACGUGUCCAAGAUACCUAGUACUACGCAAGGAUCCGUUGGUAACGUUAACUCUCUUCGCAACUACUCUGUUUAUAAUCGAGUACUUAGUCUCGACCCCGACAACUCUCUACCCAGUCGACGGAAGAAAAUGUUACGCCAGAGCAGCGUGGCAAGUUUACCACUAUCAAACUCUCGGCCGAACCGCUCAAUCAGCGGUGUCGAAGUUGCGGCCAAUACGCAGUUCAACUCCCAUCAGCCGAAGAGGGUAUCUUCAGUCUCCGUGGUAGCCCAAGAGACAAGACUUGCCAAAUUUCGACAGUCAAUAGCUCAUGCCAAUCGAUCUAUGACUCUAUGUGUUCCCAAUAUGGGAGACGAUGCUCCUUUCGCAUCGACAGCAACUCUUAUUGAUGACAUUAAUGCACAACGCGCCGUAAUGAUCGAGAAGAAGGAAGCUGAGAUGCAGCGGAGGGAAAUGCAGAGACGAGAAAAGCAAUGGUACGAUCGCAUGUGUGAAAGCCGUAUGCGGAGUGGCGAGCUACUAGGGGCACAUCGCCAAGCCAUACGUAAGAUGCAGAGUUCUGCGAGAGAUGUAUGA